UUAAUCUGUGAGUUGUUUCAACAAUGUCAAACUCAAAACCUCUGCUCAAAACUAGCUUAAUUUUUGAAGUUUAACCACCGGCAGUAUUAUAUUAUUAAUGAAACUCUUAUACUAAUUAAAUUAUAAUGUAUACUUAUGUUAAAGUAUACAGCAACGAUCGAUAUAAAACAAUUGCGAUAAUGUAAUGACACAUUUACAAUACAAAAAUUAAAUAAAUUUAUUGAUUGAUGAUUUAAAACAAGCUAUGAAAAGCAAUCUAAAAAAAACUGCCAACAAUACUUGCCCAAAUGCCUAAAUGGUUGUGUCUACAAAAGAUCCUACACGUACGGCUUACCACAUGUCUGAGUAUUACGCUAUGCCUUGUAGCAAUAAAUCAAUUCUUUGCUUCUUACGGUUAUUACAACUACCGUCAUUUGGAUCAAGAAAGUUUGCGCCAUUAUCUCUAUACUAAACGUAAUCCGAAUCUCACAACGAAGUCAAAAUCUGAAUGUAGAUAUAAUGAUAUACUACAAAGUUCGAAAUUUAUUUACAAUACGAAAAUACCUAGGAAGUAUGAUGAUUUUGUACCAAAUGGUAUUAUAAACGGAAGCUAUUCUCCACAGGAUUGUAUACCUUUAUUCAGUGUAGCUAUUUUAGUAACAUAUAGAAAUAGACAAAGUCAACUAGAUAUAUUUAUACCCUAUAUACAUAACUUUCUAAGAAAACAAAACAUACAUUACAAAAUAUAUAUAAUUGAACAACAAGAUGAAAAACAGUGGAAUAAAGGUCUAUUAUAUAAUAUUGGGGCAAAGCAAGCUAUAUUAGAUAAAUUCCCGUGUCUUAUUCUACAUGACAUCGACCUCUUGCCUCUCGAUGACAGUAACUUGUAUGCAUGCUUAAAUCAACCUCGGCACAUGAGUGCUAGUAUAGAUAAAUUCAGAUUUGUACUCAUCUAUAAAACUCUCGUCGGUGGAGUGUUAGCUAUUACGUCUGACCAAUACAAGGAGUUAAAUGGGUUUUCAAAUAAGUUCCAAGGUUGGGGCGGUGAAGAUGAUGAUUUCGCUGGACGAAUAUCUAACCAUAAUCUUGAAAUAUUGAGAUUUCCUCCCCACAUGUCAAGAUACACUAUGCUUCAACACAAGCAAGAACAUAAAAAUAAGGAUAGACAUCGAAUAAUGGAAGAAAACAAACAUAACUCACAAAACGACGGAUUAAACUCUGUACGGUAUGAAAUGAUCAACAUCAAGAACCACAGACUGUUCACGUUGAUCGGAGUACGAUUAUGAGUUAUUAAUUUGUGAAAAAAAAAACGUGUUUAGACUGCGAGUUACAAUAUGUGCCUAAUUUAGCUGAUAUUGUUAUUAAACAUUUGCUAGGGUUAAUAUGUAUAGUGAAAACGGCACUGGAAUGUUGCACAGCCUGUAUAUAAAACAAUUAUUCAAUUAUGUGAGCACCAAAUGUAACAAGGAAAAUACAACCUUGUUGUUUCCUCCUUGUUACUUGAAAUUUUUGAAUAACAAUGCAAAGAAUUUUAUAA